AUGCUUCAAUACCACUUCUUUUUUGAGGAUAUGUUUGUACAGGCGCGAGUCUUUUUGACUCCCAGCGUUGAGGAGCAUUCGCUUUGGAUUUUUGACCACUCCACACAGAAGGUGGUGGAGUUAGAAAACUGCAAAGAGCGCAUGAAGCAGUCCGAGGUGUUCUCUUGGCUUCCUGCUGGCCAGAGCGCCGACGCAGUGAUACAUCGCCCAGACUUGGAACUCUCCAUGACGUACUCCAAGAGAUACUUUGGCCACUAUGGUCCACAUUGGGGUUACCGCUUCAUCCAGAGCAGUUGGACAGCUGAUGCCACUUUCCGCUUGGGCGAAGGAGAGGCAAAAUACAACUACUUCAAGCUUUUGGACGGCAACAGUGGCGAACUGAUCCAAGCAGACAGCCGUGACACGUACCAGCAGGAUUCUGAGGCCUUUGCCACGAUCGAUGGCAGACAAUAUGUAGCGGAGAUCAGUCCCUUAGGGGAAUGGAUGCAUGACUACAAGGGUGGCGAGACCAACAGCAGGAUGCAGCUGAGGUACUGCAAAAUUCGUCUUCGCUCUACGGCCUUUGCUGAGCCUUUGGAGGGCUAUGCCUUGAAUGAGCGUUGUUUCGGGGUCUUGGGGUGA